GUUUAAAGCCAAGAUUAAUUAGCAUUAUUAUUUUUCUUCAUUGUUUUUGUUCGUAUUAUUCACACUAUAAGCAUUGAAAGUUGAAUCCUGUUUUGCCAUAUUUCUACUUAACAUCAAAAACAACUAUUCAAAGCAUGGAUUAAUUACCAUUAACAUCCUUACAAACUUGUUGAAAAAGAGAGACAGGAUUCAGUUUUCUUACAUUCAUCAACUUUUAUUUUACUUUAUUGUUUUUGUUCCAGUCUACACUAUUAAUAUUUAUUAAUUUUUUUUUGUCACAUUCUGUUCUUUAUACUAAAACAAGCAUGUAAAGUAGUGGCAAAGAGUUUAUCGACCGUUGCAUAAAAUACCUUUUGCGUGUUAACGCUCGCCACGGCCCACAUGGCCUGGUGGGGCCCAUUAAGAUAAUUUUCGUCUCAAUCAACUGAAUGUAAUCCCAAAGAUACCCCUGUUCAUAGCUCUAGCUCCAUCGACAAUGAUAUCUAUCUCGUAUAAACUGGGGGUGAUAACGUAAUUGACAAAUAUAAACAGAGUUGAUGCUGCCAUGUCAUCCGCCGCUUAGAUAUCCAGGGGUAUCUCUGUAAAUUACAAGAAACUGCGCGCUUCUCUAACGACCAUACGUGGCGAAAUGCUACUGGCUAGAGAGUGAUGUUUAACUAUAUAAAGACCACUAACCAAGAAGAAUACAUUCGAUCUUAUAAUUCCUCUGUGACUGACUACAAAACAGAGAAGGUGAAGAAGAAGAAAGAAAGAAAGAAAGAAAGAAAGAAAGAAAGAGGAAAGAAACGGCGCCGUGUAAACGUAAUCCUUCACCGAGCUUUUGAGAAGAGUGAAAGAAGAUGGUGAUGGAGUCAUCAAAGUGGUGGUGGAUUGGAAACCACAACACCACUAAUUUCUCUCCUUGGCUUCAUUCUACUCUCUCCGGUAACCUUCUUGUCUCUCUUUCUUGGCUCUUUCCAAAGGUGUUAACUUUUAAUUGUAAUUGUAAUUGUAAUUUUGAAGAGUUGGAUAAGAAGACAAAGGAUAUGCUGAGAGUGGUCGAUGAGGAUGCGGAUACUUUCGCCGCAAGAGCUGAGAUGUAUUACAAGAAGAGGCCUGAGCUUGUUGCCAUGGUCGAAGAUUUCUACCGUUCGCAUCGCUCCUUAGCCGAGAGGCACGACUUGUUGCGACCCUCUUCUGUGCACAAACACGGCUCAGAGAAGCAUCAUGAUAAAUCAUCAACUUGCGAUGAUGAGUCUUCUUGGUCCAAGGCUUGUGAGACUCAUGACGACUACAACGCUGAGUCUGAAGUUGAUGACGGUGAAUCAUCCUCAGUCGAUUAUGGUGGGAAUUGUGAGAUGCUGAAGGAAGAGAUAGAGAGGCUGAGGGAGGAGAAUAAGUUUUACAGCGAAAUGGUGAGAGAGAGAGAUGAAGAGAAGAGGGAAGCUAUAAGGCAGAUGAGUUUAGCGAUAGACAUGCUCAAAGAAGAGAACUCAGAGCUCAAGAGAUGUGUUUCCUCUGUUGUUGUGAAGAGGAAGGUUAAGCUUGAAGGGUUUUGGGGGAGAUUAGUAGGCAACUGGAUCCUCUCAAAAACAGAUUCUACUUCCAGAGAGAGAGUUUUAUAGAAACCUAGAACUAUCUAAAUGACCUAUAUAUAUAUAUAUAUAUAUUUAAAAACACUUAAAACAAAACAAAUUACACUC